AUGGAUCAACAGUGCUUGAUAGGCGAUCCCGGAACUUCCUGGUCCCCCACUACAACACCUGGCUCAGACAUCAUUGAGGAGGAGGUUGAGGUGGUGCAGCAAACUCCAGUGCGACCACGAAUUUCCACCGCCUGCAUUCCCCGUCAGUUUCGCGAACCACUGCGACGAAGGGCUGGCGCGGAGGAGCGACGAGAUUCGUUUGGGAAAAGGAUGUACGACUCGUUUGAGAUUUCUGUGAUAGACUCCAGAGGUAGCAUAGACGGCUCCGAGUCGGCAACAUCAGCCUUCACCAUGAUCACUUCUGCAGCCUCCUCAUGUACGGACCCGUGGAGCUCGUCGGGCGGCGGUGGUUAUGUGGAAGAGGAAGACGACGAUGGAGAUGUGAGCUGGGUGCAAGAAGACGAUGUCGCCGUGGUUCCCAAGCUAGAGCCAAUGGAGGACGAGGAUAUAAACAUGGCAGACUUGGAAAUGAAGGAGAGCGUGCCGCCGGAAACUCCAUCAGCUACUUCGACGCCAGCGCAAGCAAAACGACCUCGAGGUCGUCCACGGAAGCAUCCCAAACCAACCCCCGAAUCACAAGCGAAGAUCACCAAGGGCAGAUCGAAAACAGGCUGUAUCACAUGCAGGAAGCGUAAGAAGAAGUGCGACGAGGCUAAGCCUGGAUGUAUGAAUUGUGAAAAGAACUCGGUGCAGUGCGAAGGAUACCCAGAGAAGACGAUAUGGAAGAGUGGUAAGGAGAAGGCAGAAGAAGGUAUGGUCAUGAUGACAUGCCAGAACAGUGCAGAUGAACUGACCGUAUCGACAGCCCGAUUACGCAGGGCCGGAAGCUAUUCAACGCCAACUAUAAUGAGUUUGCCUCCCGUGAUCAAUGGAGUAGAAUCAGAGGGUGAUAGAAUGUUUUUCCAGCACUACAUCACUCGACUGAGCUUGAUCUUCACUGUAGAGGGUGACCAAAACAGCGCAUUCAAGAAGAUGUUACUGCCCAUAGCACUACAUCAUACUGGACUGAUGCAUUCCAUUCUUGCUCUCUCAGGCAAACACAUCGAUUAUGCCUCUUCAUAUGGUCGUCAGUUCUUGCAAGAACAUCCGAACGUGGACGUAGAAAGCCUUGAAGAAAGAUCACAAUACCAUCAUGACGAGGCAGUAAAGGAGUUGGUCCGAGUAGACAAGGAAGGCGACUCUAACGUUGUGACGAACGCAACCUAUGGCCAAAUUUUAUGCCUCGUACUACAAACACUUUCUGAUCCAAAACCUACCGGACAACACCGAUUCCAUCUUCAACAUUACCAAAGGCUCGUUGAAGAAAGCCCACCUGAGAACGGAGAUUUUCUGAAGUUCAUACAUGAGUUCUUUCAGUAUCAUAUCUGCGCGGAUGAGUUGAUCGCCCUUCCAACCGACGAUACUCGCAUUCUUGGCCCAGACGAUUGGAACCUUCCCUCCACGGUCCUCCAGCCGGCAGCGGUCCGUCUAUUGGGUGUUUCGGAUGGUCUGUUCGUUUACAUGUCUAAGAUCACCAACAUACGCAACACAAUCCGGGAGAACAUGGAGGCUGGCGCCGACAUUGUGGUCGACUUCACUUCGCUAUAUCGAGCAGCCGAAAUAGAUGCCGGUAUUCGGGAUUGGCAACCUGCCUGGCCCGAAGGGGACUCUCGUGAUCUUGCAGGAUUGCUCUACAAGCAAAUGAUGUGGGUGUAUCUUUGGCGUACUAUCUAUCCACCAAAGGCUACCAAAUGGGAGCCAAAUUCCAGUAUUACUCAAGCUGUAGAUGACGGGCUCAAACUUCUCGAAACCUUCUCUCCUCGCGAUCCUUCACAAACACUCAUCUUAGCACCAGCUUUCGUUAUUGGCUGUGCCGCGUUCGAACCACGCCAGCGAGAGCCUAUUCGCAAAGCAAUAACGAUAGUCAGACGAUAUACUGAAUACAAGAAUUCUGAUACCGCUUUGUUGGUCUUGGAAGAAGUUUGGCGCCUUAUGGAUAAGAAAGACGAGAGGAGUUGGGAUUGGCAAAGCAUUGCACAUAAUAUGGGCAUGGAUUUCCUGGCCACGUAA